AUGGCAAUCGCAUCCUGUGGCGCCACACGCCGCAGUGGAUGCGCACAGUCUCCGUCUCCCUCACUCCUGCCCCUCUCACCGAAAACAUAUUGGUGGCCGUGGCACACUCACCGACAUGUCAGAAAGCAAUUGUGUUUCUUCUUCCCUCGCACAUCGCACAGCAGCACCGCCAAACGCAUUUCACUCCUCCUUUCGCGGAUUCUCCUCAGACAAGCCUCCAACCACAUUCAUCGGCCCACAGGCACGCAGUCCGUAAACGUCACGCUGCUGCCCCGCAUGAUGGAGCCGCAAACACACCAAAAUGGCACCCCGCUACUCGGCGCAAGCACUGUCUGGACACACAAAACAGGUUGCCCCAGUCAACAACAGCCCCCUCCAAGCAGUGAGGCAGGACUCGUCACCAACAAUCAAACAAUCAGCCCUUUGUCUUCUCCUUCCGCCAUGCACGAGGUUUUGUCUGCCCCAUACAUCCUCCGUGGCGCCCGGACUCUCAAUGAGCAGAAAACACACUAUGCGUUCCUCGGCUCAACGAGAAGCCCAUUGACAAUUCUCAGCCAGUCGUCUCCCCGGGCUAUGCAUGGAGAGCACCACGGCAAGAAUGCACAGAAGCUUAUAUGCAAACCUCCCAACUCAUUCCACGUCAAUAAAAAGCAUGGCACCAGACAUGGGCUUCACAACAAUGUCGGCUGGCGCUUCCCUGAGAAGUCCCCAAUACACACUGCACGUGAUCAGAGUAAAGAAAAAGCAACGCCUCCAGUCCGACCGUCAUUCCGCGGUGGAGAUCAAAGCACAAUCCAACAAAAUGCCGCAAAUCAUCACAUAUUUCACACAGACCAUCCGCGGCUCAUGAGGCAAAUGCACAGUACAGAAGAAGAGUCACGCUCACAAACACGCAAAGCACAGACAAAGAGGGAGUUGGGAAAAGCAGCACUAGAGAAACCUCAGCCAACGACAGAAGAGCUCGUGGGUGCUACGUCCAAAGCCAUUCUUUGUGAAUGCAAAUGA